AUGGAGAACUCUCGUUCCGUCCCAAUCGCCACAUUGGUUUCAGAUCAACCGAAACGAGAAUCCGUAGCUGCGCCCGGCACUGAACCGUCGGGCGACCGGCUUCAAGGCUCGUCUACCCCUCCACCCUACUGGCAACCUAAUAGAGAGCCAUCCUCUGAGGAGCUGACCAUCACCCGACCUCCCCCCAUCUCUCUUGAGGAUCAUACCUUAUCCAGAGAACCUAGCAGGGCGGCGCUCUGGGCAAAAUCAAUCUCCAUUGAUGAAUAUGUCAUCGUCCAAGGGAACCCUACCGGAGUGGGCGCCUACGUGGUAUACAAUGUUAAUGUCCAGACGCUUGAUGGAGGCCCCAUGACAAUUCGAAAGCGAUAUUCCGAGUUCGAUGAGCUUCGAGCCAAGUUGGUCAAAGCCUAUCCUCAGUCAACCAGGUCGUCGCUUCCGCCUCUUCCUCCCAAGAGUGCCAUUUACAAGUUCCGGCCUAAAUUCCUCGAGAAAAGACGCGAAGGACUGGCGUAUUUCCUUAAUUGUGUCAUGCUCAAUCCAGAAUACGCGGGUUCUACGAUUGUGAAAGACUUCAUCUUUCCACCAGACGCAUGA